AUCCAAAUGCAUCGUGCCCAAAACCCACCGACUCUACAAAUCCGCAGCGCCCCGCUGCCGACGCCUCGUCCGGCCACGCCGCCAUUUUUACAGUGGCUUUUCUUGCCUCAAGCUUUAUUUGAUCAUGUGAUGAUCACGCACUGCUUGCGCGCUCUUCUUGAAAUCAUAACGUGGUGAAUCUGAAUUCUGGAGCAGUUGUGGACAUGGGAGUAUCAGGGAAAUGGAUUAGGUCACUAAUCGGUUUUAAAAGACCCGAGAAGUCGAUUUGCUAUGAAAUCGAUGCAUAUAAAACAGGGUGCACUGGGAAGUCUAGGCAUAGGAGAAAGCAUUCUAUUGAUAUAGAUAACAACUGCAAUGAGCUGAGCCAUAAUGAAGAUAAUGCUUCUACGUCACUUGAAGAUGCUAAUAUUGCUUCAGUUCAAAUUGCUGCCUUUUCACCUUCAACUUCACAUCAAAACCAGGAUAAACCUCAAGUUCAUCCGAAUAUUAGAGAAGAAAUGGCAGCCAUCUGCAUCCAAACAGCUUUUAGAGGCUUUCUGGCAAGGCGAGCUCGGCGGGCUUUGAAAGGAUUGGUGAGACUUCAAGCCCUUGUGAGAGGCCAUGCUGUGAGAAAACAAGCUGCCAUCACUCUCCAUUGUAUGCAAUCACUAGUUAGAGUUCAGGCACGUGUACGGGCACGGCGUGUUCGUGUGGCCUUAGAAGGUCAAGAUGCACCCAAGAAGUUUCUGCAAGAAGAGCUAGAACAACGAGAGGCUCGUGUUCGCGAAAUAGAAGAAGGUUGGUGCCACAGUAUAGGAUCUGUGGAAGAAAUUCAAGCCAAGUUGUUAAAGAGGCAAGAGGCAGCAGCAAAGCGGGAGAGGACAAUGGCAUAUGCUUUGGCUCAUCAGUGGCAGGCAGGGCCUAAGCAGCAGCAUUCUGUCUAUGAACGGGAGACUAGUAACUGGAGCUUGAAUUGGUGGGAAAGAUGGAUGGCAGUACAGCCCUGGGAAAAUCGCAUUUUAGACAUCAAUCAGAGAGAUGGAGCAAUGAUACGCGACAACAACCCAAUUAAUGGCACUAAGAACCAGUUGAAAAGAUAUGUUGGGAUAGUCAAACCGAAUUCUAAUGAGAGAAGGGGUCCAUCAACCUAUUCAAGCAUUAAGAAGUCACUCGAGACCGGUUCAAGAUCAAAGAGCAACCCUAAAGAGAGAUUCACCCCUUCAAAUAUAGACCAAGGAAAUAAUAAGAGAUUGUCUCUUCCUAUUACCCGGAUAAAUCAUGAAAAUCAAAGAAUGAUAUGGGGGCAGUCGAGCUAACAUCCAAAGGACAUACAGUGCAGAGAAGCACAUUGAUGAAAAUUUCAAAUGGAAUGGAAAUGAUUCAAUAGCCACAGAGCAUUGGUUUUCCAAGAUUAGUAUCUUCCUUCAUUAUUUUAAUGUGUCAAUCUCCCAUUCUAAUGGGUCAUUUAUUUAUUAUGGAAAUACAAAGGAACCUAAGCAAUCACCAGGUAUCAAAGGAGAAGGGUUGAUUGGCUUGAGAAGUUUUUUUUUCAUCCAGUGUGGCAGGGUUUUUUUGAUCAUCAGUUGUUAUAUCAGAUAGCUUAGGUUUCGGUU